UUCUAGCUGAGUUAGCUGUGCAAGAGCAGCUGCAGCAUACGGUAGUUUGGGUCAGGAGAGAGGGAAUUCGACUGCCGUCCCCCUCCUGCGACUCCGAAACCAGGCGUAUGGAUGGGGGACCUUAAUGCGGAUCUGAAGACAAUGAUUGACGAAGCAGAAGCCAAGCAAACGUCAGCUGGCAAGAAUGGGAAAAAGGCAGAGGCUGGUCGUAGGAGCUCCUUCUUCACGUGGUUCUUCGUACUGGCCAUGCUGGGCGUCUGGAUGUCCGUGGCAAUGGUGUGGCUUGACCUGGUUGACUAUCAGAGUGCCCUUGGGAAACUUGGGGCCUACGAUGCCGAUGGAGACGGCGACUUUGACAUAGAAGAUGCCAAAGUUUUACUAGGAUUGAAAAACAAGUCUGUCAUUAUGGUGAAAAGUGACAUGGUACUGGAGGAGACGGAAGUGCCACAAUUGGAAAAAGAACUCAAACGUGAAUUGGCUAUGGAAGGAGAGAUUAAGUCAAGUUCUGCACCUCAAAAAGAGCUCAAACCCAUGGAGGAUCCAGAAGAAGAGGAAGGCAUUGACACUGAACUGGGAACUACAUUUACAGAUGAAGAAGUUGACUAUGAGACAGAAAUGAAAGAGACAGUAGAUGAUGCUGCACCUGCAGAAGAUGAAGUACUGAAGGAGAGUAUGCACCUAGGGAACAAGAUAUUGGAGAAGACUGUACCCAUAGAGGAUGAGAAUGAAGUACCCGAGGAACCCAUACUCACAGAGGAGGAAGAAACAGAGGAGUUCACAGCCAUAGAAGAAGAAGCACUGGAGGAACCCACAACUUCAGAGGAAGAAGUACUAGAGGAACUUGACACCAGUGGAGAAGUACUGGAGGAACCUAUAUCCACAGAGGAAGAAGUGCCUGAGGAACCUGAAAUCAUAGAGGAAGAGGUAGUGGAAGAAUCCACAACCACAGGGGAACAAGUUCGAGAAGAACCCAUGCUCACACAGGAAGAAAUACCAGAGGAAACAACCCCCACAGAAGAAGUACUGGAGGAACCCUCACCCAUAGUGGAAGAAGUGCUACAGGAACCCGAAGCCAUAGAAAAAGAAGUGUUGGAAGAACCCACAACCAUAGAGGGACAAGUUCCAGAGGAACCCACACUCACACAGGAAGAAGUACUGGAGGAACCCUCAGUUGCAGAGGAAGAAGUACUGAAGGAACCUGAAGAAACAGAAGAGGAAGAAUUGGAAGAAUCCACAACCACAGAGGAACAAGUUCCAGAGGAAGCCACACUCACACUAGAAGAAAUACUGGAAGAACCCACCCCCAGAGAUGAAAUACCAGAGGAACCAUCAGCCACAGAGGAAGAAGUACUGAAGGAACCUGAAGAAACAGAAGAGGAAGAAUUGGAAGAAUCCACAACCACAGAGGAACAAUUGGAAGCCACACUCACACUAGAAGAAAUACUGGAAGAACCCACCCCCAGAGAUGAAAUACCAGAGGAACCAUCAGCCACAGAGGAAGAAGUACUGAAGGAACCUGAAGAAACAGAAGAGGAAGAAUUGGAAGAAUCCACAACCACAGAGGAACAAUUGGAAGCCACACUCACACUAGAAGACAUACUGGAAGAACCCACCCUCAGAGAUGAAAUACCAGAGGAACCAUCAGCCACAGAGGAAGAAAUAUUGAAGGAACCUGAAGAAACAGAAGAGGAAGAAGUGGAAGAAUCCACAAUCACAGAGGAACAAGUUUCAGAGGAAGCCAUACUCACACUAGAAGAAAUACUGGAAGAACCCACCCUCAGAGAUGAAAUAUCAGAGGAACCAUUAGCCACAGAGGAAGAAGUACUGAAGGAACCUGAAGCCAUUGAAGAAGAAGUAGUAGAAGAACCCACAACCAUAGGAGAACAAGUUCUUGAGGAAUCUACCCUGUUAGAAGAAGAAGAACCAGAAGAACUUACACCUGUGGAGGAAAACAGUCUUGAGAAAUCUGCAGACAUAGAGGAAGAGGUAACAAAGGAUCCUCAACUUGUAGAAGAAGAAGUACCUGAGGAACCUGCAGGUGUGGAGGAUGAGGCACCAGAGGAACUCACAACUGUAGAGGAACAAGUACUGGAGGAAGCUGCAUCCAUAGAGAAAGAAGUACUGAAGGAAUCUAUGCCCAGAAAGGAAGAACUGCUAGAGGGGCUGAGCCUAUCAGCACAACUAGGAGAGGAAGAGAUUAGACCUGUAGAGGAAAAAGUGCAAGACGACACUUUAUCUGUUGAAGAGGAAAUACAGGAGGAUGCUGAGUCCAUGGAAGAUGCUCUACCUUCAGAAGAGGAAGUACAGGAUGAGUUUGCUCCUCUGGGCGAGGAAGUACAGGAAGAGGCAAGACCUGAAGAGGAGAAAGGACUGGAGGAUCAAGCUACACUUACAAAGGAGCGUACAGCAGAACAUCUUCAAAAGGAGCCCUUUCCCGAAGAAACAGAAGUUCCCGAAGACAAAUAAAUUCUUCAAUAAGAGCCAGCAGAAGCAGAGAUUGGAAUCCAGAGAAACUGAACACCCCGAGGACCAGGCCAGGUGACACACCUUUGAAAAAGUGCUGCUGUGAUUCCGCACCAUUCCUCCAUCCCAAUGACAUCUCCAAAUGUGAUCCAAUCUCUGUCAGUGGUUUUUUUUCUCAAUAUGUUGGACCCCCCCUCCUCUUUAUUCACUUUGACAUUUAUAGUACCAAAUGAAAACAAAUUAUGUAGUUUUGCUAUGCUGUGUGAAGGUGGGGCUUUGUCCUUGUCAAUCAAUGUGUUAAUAUUGUUUUUUAUUUCCGUUCUGUUCUGGUUCUGACACUUACAAGCGUGUUUUAGCUGCAGACAGAUGCUACUCUUUAGCUGCAGUCUAGAGCCUCUUUUGAAUUUUCGUGUAUCAGUGAAUAAUGCUUAUCAUUAAUAUUUUGUCUGUGAAAGCUGGUUCUGGACCUGUGCCUAAGGGUACUUUCUACCUCCAGCUGAGUACGAGCCCACCUGCAUGUCCCAUGUCUCUACAUCAUGUCUCAGGGCGAUGAUGUCACUGCUGUCAUGUCACUUUGUUGAAUUAUGCAUUGGAUUUAUUAAUGUGAAGAUACUAUGCAAAUGCUGCACUGAUCUUUCACAGGGAAACGUUCCACUGAAGUGUUGUGUUACCAGUAUGCGCUCAGUCUUCGUAUUGCAGCACACUGAUUCAUUUAGGCUGGCAGGUGAAAUUGUGACGAACAACAGAAUAUGCAAGCGUGUGUGUGAGUGUGUGUGUUACAUGUGAGAUAUUUUUCAAAUGUGUUUGUCUUAUUUAAUACGACAGAUUUUAAUGGUCCAUUGAGCUCAGCCUUGAAAACGAUCUUUUAUUUUCACUGAGAGCAUUUGCUGUUCCAUGAUUUGGGGUAAACUUCAGUUUGAUGAGCUUUUAGCAGCUGUCUUUUUCUUCCCUGUGGGGCUAAUUGAAUGUAGACGUUGAGCCCGACCGGAGUAACUGGCUCUGCUAAUGUGUCGGACCUGGUUGAAACCCAAAGGCGACAGAACUCUUCACACACUGUGAACUUUCCAGCAGCAGCUCUGCGCAUGUGGUGCAGUCGGGCACCUGGACUGUGCUGGUUUUUGGAAACCUCGCUCUUUUGAUUUAUCCUGAUAAAUUUAGUUGACUUUUGAUAAAAGUUUGCAGAAAAAAGUGUGUUUUUACCUAAUUAUUCCAGUGUCUUGAAUUGGAGCCUCUUGCAAGACUGCUGGUGUUGAGCUGAAGGUUUGUUUUCGCUCUGCUCUGGCAUGGCCUCACCUGAAGGAAACCUGGCCUUGCUGUACUUGCUGUAGCAUCUCAAGACUGGGAUGAUCUGUCAGUAUGGACCCAGACUAUGGACCCAGACCAGACCUUGUAUUUGCUGUUUGUUUGUGUUGUGUGUGUGUGUGUGUGUGAGAUGUGAUGACUUUCGACCUGCCAGAACUGAUGAUAGCAACCUGAGAGAUAUUAAAAAAUGCUGAAAUGCAACUUGUUUUGGGCUGUUAUAUUUACAGAACAGGUUGUAUGUAGUUUGUUCGUUGUAGUUUUUUGUUUGCUUUCAUCUUUCUUCACUUCUUUUCUGUUGCCACUUUUACUUUUUAGUGUGAAUUUUUAAUGUGGUGUCUUGUUUCACGCAAGUUUUACAACACAGACCUCUGGUGUUUUGUAGAAACUGUUAGUUUAUCUUUUAAAUUUCCGGUUUUCAGAAAGUGUUCAUUUAUCCAAGCCAUAUGCAGUAUGAAAAGGUAAAAUCUUGCUGCUUCAGAUAGUUUUCAUUACAAGGAACAAUGUUGCACAACUAGCAGCCAGAACCAUAAUAAUCAGUGAUAUAUUUUUAUUGCAGUUCAUAUCUGAACAGAAGUUUACAUAAUAAAGGUGUUUUGUGAAAGGUUUACAUGCUGUCCUGCUGUAGUGCCGGACUGAUUUAAAUUAUUGUUUUCUUGCAUUGGGAGUUUGACACUCUCUGUUUUCUGUAAAUGUUCUGGUUUCUGAGCUGCAAUAAAGAUGGGAAUAA